CCUGUACAAAUACAACUGGUGUCUCUCAUGUCUCACAAUGUACCCCCACCACUAUUUCUCAUCGCUUAUGCGUGUCAAUGAGCUCGCGAUCCCAAUAACACCCAUUCCCUUGCGAACCCCAGAAAGGCUGAAGAAGGACCAAGGUUAUUUGCGAUGGUCUUGGACUCCUGUAUAUAUUGCGUAAGAGGAGGAGGCUUAGUUUAUUGUAUAUCAUCCUAACUACAGAAUACAUACGAAGUACAUUCGCUUUCAUCUUUUUGUUUCAUAUUUCCCUGUCAUUUGAUCGUUCACACCUUCGAAAUAUCCAUCUGCUCGGUAAUCAGCUUACAUGGCGCGAUAAAAAUUUGUGCGGCACGGAUCCGUCAACAGACAACCGGCCUUCAAGUCGACUCGAUAUCGCUCCGUAGAGCCUCCUCCGUCCCGGAGUGAACCCGCGAGAACCGUCUACGCCGACAAUGGCUUUCUUGCGACAGACUUGGACCUUGACGGCCAAGAAUCUUAAGAUCGUCGUCCAACGCCAUUAUCUUGCGACGCUCAUUAGAGCCUUUGUCCUCCCCAUUCUACUCGCGGCCUUCCUUACCUUUGCGCGAAACCUGUUCGUGCCCCCGGCCGUAUAUGGUAUCGGCGACCCGCACGCCGUUAGGUCGCUACAAGAUGGACUUGCCGCGGCGGCUAGUACGGAUCGUAAUACGGUGGCUUUCGUGAACAAUGGCUUGGCAGGCGGCGAUAUCGACCGCGUCAUCGAUACGCUCUCGGAUACGGUGACUGGCGCCGGAAAGAAUGCAUCGAGGUUGUCGCAAAUAUCGGAGCUGUCUUAUGCGUGCCGAAGUUCUCUGCGUGGUGUCUCGCCUUGCUAUGGCGCCGUCGUCUUCUACUCCUCUCCUCGCGAGGGAGAAGGAGGUAUAUGGAAUUAUACCUUAAGAGCGGACGGCGCAUUGGGUUCUAAGAUCGAUACGACACGAGACGAUAAUAGCGGCGAGGUCUAUUCCCUACCAUUGCAGCGAGCCGUCGACGCCGCUAUUUCCGGUCUUUCUGAUACCGAUGGCACGGUACGACUCCCGGCUACCACGGAAGAGUACCCAUUCACGCCCGAAACCCAAGAGGAGCGAGCAGCAAGGAUCCGACGCAACUACCAGUCGUCCUUGACAAACUUUCUGGCUGUAUCCUUUUUCAUUGUCGUCAUCGGAAUCUGUUACCAUAUGACUGGUCAUAUGGCAACCGAAAGAGAGAUAGGCAUGUCUCAAUUGUUAGAUGCCAUGAUGCCUACCAAGUAUCGAUGGCAAGCCCAAGUCGCAAGACUACUGUCCUACCACAUUGCAUUCACUGUAGUAUACCUUCCAGGUUGGGUAAUCGGUUCGAUCAUCAUCGCGCGCGGAGUCUGGGCGAAUACAAGUGUCGCCAUCGUACUCAUCUACUUUAUCCUUGCCGGGCUCGCCCUAGCAUCGCUGUCUAUCUUAGGCGCUGCGUUUUUCAAGAGAUCGCAGCUAUCGGGCGUGGUGACGGUGAUAGCGUAUAUUCUGCUAGCAAUCCUAGCCCAGACGCUGACAUCGCCUAGUACUGCUACAGUUACCGCUCUCAGUUUGCUUUUCACUCCCUGUAACUUUGUUUGGUUUAUGACGUUUAUAGCGAGAUGGGAAAGGUACUCGUUCCCGGCAGACCUUGUCCAUACACCACCAGAAAACCCAUGGAACUUGCCUGGUAUUGUUUUUUGGGUAUUCCUCAUUCUUCAGAUUAUUAUCUACCCCAUCAUCGGUGCUUACCUAGAACGUGUUUUCCAUGGCACGACUACCAAGGGCCGUACAAUUCUUCAAGGCCAAACCUCCGAUACGGCACCCCCUGAUGCUGUUCGGCUUGAACAAUUUACUAAAAUAUACUAUCCUAAUCCCCUAUAUCGAUUACUUCCUUUCAGCUCGACGCCAAGGGAGCCAGUCGUAGCCGUGGAUAAGUUGACACUCACUGCUAGAAGAGGACAGAUAUUAGCUCUGCUUGGUGCUAAUGGUAGCGGAAAGAGUACUACACUCGAUUCCAUAGCUGGUAUUAGUAAAUUGACCAGUGGCGAUAUUACAAUUGACGGCACAGGAGGGUUAGGCAUCGCACCGCAGAAAAAUGUCAUGUGGGACGAAUUGACGGUUGAAGAGCACAUCAGAGUCUUUAAUAGACUUAAGUCUCCAAGGAAUACGGCGUCCACGAAAGAGAUCCGCGAUUUAGUGGAGUCUGUAGAUCUUGGGCCAAAGGUCAAAGCCAUGUCCAAAACUUUGUCCGGUGGACAGAAGCGAAAGCUCCAGCUCGGAAUGAUGUUGACUGGUGGGAGCGCAGUCUGCUGUGUUGACGAAGUUUCUUCCGGAAUCGACCCGUUAUCACGACGCAAGAUUUGGGAUAUUCUUUUAGCUGAACGUGGACGACGGACAAUCAUCCUGACGACCCAUUUUCUUGACGAAGCCGACCUGCUUGCCGACCAUAUUGCCAUUCUCUCCAAGGGAACUCUUCGAGCUCAGGGAUCUUCUGUCGAACUCAAGGAUAGACUUGGUGCUGGUUAUCGGGUUCAUGUCUUCAACGCUAGAGAGAUCAAAAAUCCCCCAGAGAUUGAGAAUGUUACUCGUAAGAUAGGCUUUGAUGUGAUCAGUUACAUCGCGCCAUCUUCAAGUCUUGCUGCAGAUGUAAUACGCUCCCUCGAAGCCGCGGGAAUCCACGAUUAUAAGUUCUCCAAUCCGACCAUCGAGGACGUUUUCCUUCAAGUAGCUGAAGAAGUCAAAGGCGAAAAUGGUGUCAUGUCACCACAGACGCCAUCAUCUACUGAAGGUGGUAAUGACAAGCAGGUGAAUUCCGAGGAAGUGGGAGCUAGCGAGCUCGAGAAGGAUGGACUAGAGCUACUAUCGGGCCAGCCUAUUGGGUUCAUGAGACAAAUCGUAGUGCUAUUCAUGAAGCGAUGUACCAUCUUCAAAACGAACUGGUUUCCUUACGUGGCAGCUUUCCUGAUCCCGAUCAUCGCGGCAGCUCUAACAUCUCUCUACGUUACGGAUCAACACCCAGUAGGGUGCAAUCCGGCGAGCCAAAGCUCGGCGGAUACUUCGGAUACUUCGAAUCUCUACGACAACCUAUUUUUAGUUGCCGGCCCAUCUUCACAGUUCAAUAAUGCAACUUUGGAAAGGCUUUUCGCUCCCACGCUGCGGGGCGUAAGCCUACAGAAUCAGAGUCAAAUUCAGGACCUCACCGGAUCGAACAAUGCAACGGAUCCUGGGUCCGCUGCUGUAGCCGCGCUUUUCGAGAGCCUACAUCUUGUCAAUUCCUUAGACGAGUUUAAUACAUUUGUCGAGCAGAGACGGAAGGAUGUCAAACCUGCUGGGUGGUGGCUUGGAGAUUCUAAUUCCUUGCCCACUAUCACAUAUGAAGCGGACGCCGGGGAUGUCUACACAUCGGUUUUCGGUCAGAAUGCAUUAGACAUCAUGUUAGCCAAUACUAGCAUUGCUGCAAAUUAUGCACCCUUCGAUACUCCUUGGGCACCAUCGACCGGAGAUUCCCUUCAGUUGCUGAUCUACUUUUGUCUGGCUCUCGCCGCUUAUCCCGCCUUUUUCGGACUCUACCCGAACAUUGAGAGGCGUCGGAAUGUCCGUGGAUUACAAUACUCGAACGGAGUCCGUUCUCUUCCACUAUGGGUCUCAUAUACCGCAUUCGACUUUGCAAUUGUCCUAGUCUCCUCAGCACUUGUCGUUGCCGCGUUUGCCGCGUCAUCAGAUGUUUGGUACCAUGUUGACUAUCUCUUCCUCAUCUUCAUAUUAUAUGGAUUGGCAUCGAUAUUAUUCUCAUACGUCAUUUCCCUCUUCUGCGGUAAUCAGCUAUCGACCUAUGCUUUCUCUGCAGCUGGCCAGGCAGUCGGAUUCCUGAUUUAUUUGAUCGCAUAUUUGUGCGUGAUCACAUACUCGCCAGUUCAAUCUAUCGAUAGUUCCAUCCUCGUUGCGCAUUUUGUAAUUUCGACUUUUGUACCCAUCGGCUCGAUUGUUCGAACCAUGUUCAUUACUCUCAACCUCUUCUCCGUAACAUGCGAUGGAGAUCAGAUACAGCCCAGACCCGGCGCUCUGACUGCCUAUGGAGGACCCAUUCUUUACCUAGCUUUACAAUCAGCCUUCCUAUUCGGAUUCCUGUUGUGGCAUGACAGUGGAUCAGGAAACAGCCUUUUGAGCCGCCUCAAUAAGAAGCCGACGCCAUCCUCCGAUGACCAAGCCCAUACGGACGAAGAAGUAGCUAACGAACUCGUCCGUGUGACUAGCUCACCACAGGGAAGCGACGGUCUUCGAGUGUUGCACCUAACUAAAUCAUUCGGCAAAAAUACCGCCGUCGACAACGUCACGUUCGGCGUUCAGCACAGCGAGGUCUUUGCCCUACUGGGACCCAACGGCGCCGGCAAGUCCACGACCAUCUCGCUCAUCCGCGGCGACAUCCAACCGAGCCGGAACGGCGGCGACGUGUUCGUCGAGAACACGUCCGUCAGCCGGAGGCGCGCCGAGGCCCGCGCGCACCUGGGCGUGUGCCCGCAGUUCGACGCGAUCGACUCGAUGACGGUGCUCGAGCACCUGCGCUUCUACGCGCGGAUCCGCGGGAUCCCGGACAUCGAGCACAACGUGCGCGCGGUGCUGCGGGCGGUGGGGCUCUCGGCCUUCGCGACGCGCAUGGCGCACGCGCUCUCAGGCGGCAACAAGCGCAAGCUCAGCCUCGGCAUCGCGCUCAUGGGGAACCCCAGCGUCGUGCUGCUCGACGAGCCGUCCUCGGGGCUCGACGCCGCCGCCAAGCGCGUCAUGUGGCGCACCCUGCAUUCCAUUGUCCCCGGGCGCUCGAUACUGCUCACGACGCAUAGCAUGGAGGAGGCGGAUGCGCUGGCGAAUCGCGCGGGCAUUAUCGCGAAGCGCAUGUUGGCUAUGGGGGGUACGGAGGAUCUUAGGCGCAGGUUCGGCGACGCUUUGCAUGUUCACUUGGUUAGUCGCACGGCGCCGCAUUCGACGGACGAUGAGAUGCAGAGGAUUAGGGAGUGGGUGCUGGGGAGGUGGCCGGAUGCGCAGGUCGAGGCUAAGACGUAUCAUGGGCAGAUGCGGUUUUCGGUGCCUGCUGCUGUGGUGGCGGGGGUUGAGGGGGGUGCUGAGGGUGGGGGUGAGCAUGGGGUCGAGGAUGCUGAGAAUGGUGGCACGAGCGCGAGUAGUAGCGGGAGCGCAGUCGGCCAACUUAUCGUUAUACUGGAGGAGCACAAGGAGGAGCUCGGGAUCGAGCAUUACUCGUGCACGCCGACGACGCUGGACCAGGUGUUCUUGACGAUCGUGGGGAGGCACAAUGUUCAGGAGGAGGGGUAUAACGAGAAGAAGAAGAGGAGUUGGUGGAGUUGGAGGUAAGAUGUGCUGCUGUACUUGGUAUGUCAUAUUGCAUAGAAAGGGGUAGGGAGGCUUGGUUACAUAUAGAGAUCUGUGUAUGGGUUUUACCUAGGUAUAAGCGGGAGGGAAUUGGCAUGCUAAGCAAGGUCUGGUUUUACGUGUACCAUAUAUACAUAGGAGAUUAUAUCUUGGAAUAUAAACUCGAUAAUGAGAUCGUGAUUAUAGCCCAAGCGAUUUGUUUUUAUGCCAAUUGAUGGAGUUUCUAACGGGCGGUGGUUCUU